ACCGAAGCUGCCCGAGCUGCCGAGCGUCAGUCUGGUAUGUAAACAAGGUCAGACACUGCAGCACACAGACUGAAGACUUUCUGCACCGGGCGGCCGCUCGCUUCAAACGCAAGAGGAGAAGAAGAAAAACGUGAGACCCAGACGUCUGAGGAGAGAGGACCCUGUUAACCACCAGCCAAGAUGAUGCAGUGUUUUCACUUCAUGGUGGAGCCGGCCAAAACCUUAACGGCCAAGAUAAAGGAAUCUCACAAGAGAGCGCAGAGGGAGAAGAGGGAGCCUCUGGAUGAGGAUCAGCUGUUUCUAAUGGACCUGGCUCGAGAUCUCAGCCGAGUGUGCCAGAGGUCUACAGUCUUGGAGAACAUCUGGAAGCUGGAUGACACCUGGCCCACCUCUCUCUGCAGGACCUUCAUCCUGCAGUGGGCCUCCAUGUUGGAGAGCAAGAAGAGGCCCAUGCAGACGGAUGGCUGGCCCGAGAUGGAUGAGGUCAAACAUCCUGAUAUGAUCAACGAGCAGGACCUGCUGGAGGCCAAAGCUGUGAUCCUCAACUGGAUCAAGGACCUGAGAGCUCAGCCUGAGCAAAGCGUGUGGCCUGGGGAGCCUGUUGCAAAGGUCCUGGACGACCUGCAGUCAGCCUGGCGCUGGGGCCGAGCACCCAAUCUGCUGACAGCCAUGGAGCUGGUUAUGUGGACUUUGAUAGUGCAGCGCCCAGAUAAGGACACCAUACCGCAGCAGUGGCUCAUGUGGAAGCAGAAGACUCAGAAGAUCGGUGCCAUAUCCUACAUUCCUCAACCAGUGUGGGACUGGAUCUCAGAUGCUGCAGUGGAGGUGACUCUGGAUCUGGACACAGCCAACCCUGACCUGCUCAUCACUGAAGAGAAGAAGAUGCGCUGUGGCUUCGAGAGGAAGGACGUUCCCAACUACCACCAGCGUUUCGACGGCUGGUGGUGCGCCACCGCCGUGGAGGGCUUCAGCUCCAGCCGCCACUACUGGGAGGUGGAGGUGGGCGAGCGGGACUGGAGGCUGGGCGUGGCCAAAGAGGUGGCCCUGAGGAAAGGCUUCAAGUCCCUGAACACGAAUACGGGUUACCUGACCCUGCGACUGGAGAGGGGCACUGAGCUGAAGGCGCUGACGGUGCCCUUCACCUCCCUGCCGCCCGGCCUCAUCCCCCGCAAGGUGGGCAUCUACCUCGACUAUGACCGUGGCCAGCUGUCCUUCUAUGACGUGGACAAACACUGCCACAUUUACACCUACAACGAGAGCUUUGACGAGAAGCUCUUCCCCUUGUUUGGCACAGUGGAGAUCGUCAAGGAUCUGGUGAUCAAGUCUCCGGCGGCUAAGACCCAGUGUCUCUGCCCCUCACCCUGCUUCUGGGGUUGAGUCUCCUUCUGCCAGCUCUUCCUUUACAAUCCAGUAGAUAUCAUUAUAAAGUCUAACAAUCAGGUUAUAUAAUAAUCACUGGAAUGAAUCAGAGAUCCUGAUCUAAAACACCAUCAUUGUGCUAUUGAAUAGCUCCACUAAGUGACCACGCUCUAUGCUGCUGCUGCUUUACUGUGAUCGUUGCAUCCUCUCCCUCACUAUAGAGCUCCCACGCUGCUCUUCGCUCACACACAUGAUGUAUUUUCAUAUAUUUGAAAGGAAACCUGUAGUAUUAAUGUAAUGUACCGUGCAAUACUAACCCUGCAUUAAGAAUGCAUUUCUGUGCAUACUGAAUAAACCAAAUCCAUGUCUUA